AUGGAUUAAUAAUUUAUUUAAUUUGAGUAGAAUCUAGAUAAAAUUCAAUAUAAUCAAUAAAAUUCAAUCAAAGAUGUAAUUCAAACUUUUUCAUCAGAAAUCUUUUAAUAAAGUAGACUGUCAAAUUAAAACUUGCAAUGUGAAAAUCACAAACUUUAGGUGGCUCUAGUUGAUUUAAAUGAAUAGGCAACAGUUCCAAAUAGAAUUGCAUGUAUAGAUUGCGUUACUGAAUACCCAAUAAAAUAUACGAAGUUGGAACAAUUAAAAUAAUUAUGGUUGAGUUAUGUAGAUCAUACAUUAUAAUAAUAAGAAUAACAACAAAAACAUCUUAAAGAAUAAGCUUAGAAGGCUAUAUCAAAAUUUUCAUCUUAUAGAGAAGUCAUAACUGAUCUAUCGUAGUAAUUAACUGAAGAAAUGCUAUUAAGAGAUGCUUUUUAAUGUAAGGCAACAUAAAGUUUAAUUAAUUUGAAGACAAAAAAUUGGUACUAAUUAAAUAAAUUAGAAAUUAUUGAAAUUUCUAAUAUCUUAAGUUAAAAAAAUAAAUUUGAAUUAAUUAAUGAGGCGAUCAAAAAUGAAUUCGAAAUCUAAUAAGUAUAAUUAAAGAAAAAUUUUUCAAAUUAUUUCAAGUCAUUCUAAGAAAAGCUCAUUGCAGCGUUUUACUAAAUUUAUGGAGAAAUAUCAGGGGAAAAAUAUAUUGCAGAAAACAAUGAAUAAACUAAUAAUUCAAUAGGAGAAAAUUCACUUCAAUUAUAGCCUUAAAAUUUGUAAUCGAUAAAUUAAAAUACUCUUUAGCCACCGUUUAAAUAUGAAAUAAUUAAUUCUGUUACAGAAGAAAGAGUUGAGACAUUUGCUUUUAAUGUAGAUUAUACUCGUGUUGCUGCUGGAUUCUUUAAUUCAAAUAAAAUUAAUAUUUAUGAAUUCAAUUAAGGAUAAAUAGUAAAAAUUGAAGAAUUAAGAGAUCAUGAAGAAUAUAUAAUUUGUUUAAAGUUUUUCAAAAAAUCAAAUUCAUUAGUGUCAGGUAGUUAUGAUAAAACUAUUAUCAUAUGGGAAAUAACGAACAAUAAUUUAUGGGGUCUUAAAUUUAAGCUAAAAGGCCAUGAAUAAGGAAUAUUUUGUUUAGCAAUAAAUAAUAAUGAGAAUUAAAUUAUGUCUAGUAGUGGUGGUAGUGGUAGCGGCGAUUAUUCAAUAAAAGUGUGGGAUAAAGAUAAGGAAUGGUAAUGCAUUUAAACAUUAUCUCAUAAAUUUGAAAUUUCUAGUAUUAGUCUAAGUUAAUCUAAUGAAUACUUGGUUUCAUGCUCAAGAAAAGACAAUUCAAUUUAAAUUUUUAAGUUCUAAGAUAAUUGGAGUUUAUUUUAAAAAUUAGACAUUGAUGAAUGGGGAGUUAAGGUGUGCUUCCUCGAGGAUUUAACUUUUGCAUUUUAACCAUUCAAUAAUAAAAAAAUGUAAAUCUUUUCAAUAAAUGAUUCUAAUGAUUAAUUUAUUAAGAUAUAAGAUGUUCAAGUAGAAGCAGGGAAUGAAUGUUAUUUCCACUUUCCCUUACAGUUUAUAUAAUAAAAGUAAAUGAUAAUUGACAGGAAUGGAAGCAAAGUUAAUUUUAUAAAAAAAUAAGAAAAUGAAUCUUAUGUCACAUAACUUGUUCUUGAUUAUGAAACAAGUAGAAUUUUCGGUACAAUGACUGAUGAUGGAAAAUAUUUGAUGACGUGGGAUAACAAAUCUUCAUAAAUUUAGAUAAGAUAAUAUAAAGAAUGA